AUGGCGUCUUCUUUCGGCCUCGCUUCUGACCGACGCAAGUCGCGUAAGGCUCACUUCUCUGCUCCCGGUGGUGAGAAGAGGAAGAUCAUGUCUUCUUCUUUGAGCAAGGAGCUCCGACAGAAGCACUCUGCUCGAUCCAUCCCCGUCAGGAAGGACGACGAGGUUCUGAUCGUCCGUGGCAAGUACAAGGGCCGAGAGGGCAAGGUCACUCAGGUCUACCGAAAGAAGUGGGUCAUCCACGUCGACCGAGUCCACAUCGAGAAGUCCAACGCCGCCACCGUCCCCGUCGGUAUCCACCCCUCCAACGUUGUCAUCACCUCCCUCAAGCUCGACAAGGACAGGCGAGCUAUCCUCGAGCGAAAGGGUUCCAAGAACGCCUCCGCUGAGGAGAAGAAGGACGUCGAGAUGACCGAGUAG